ACGCGGGCUCGCUGCGGGAGCCGGGGGCCGCGGCGAUCUCCGAGGGGGUUCGUGCUCCUGGAAAAUGAGCCGGGCGAAGGAGACACGAGGGGCUGCCGCGCUGCCGAUGAGCCGCUGAGUAUUUUACUGAAGAGUUGUUGUUUUUUUUUUUUUGUUGUGUGUGUGUUGUUUUUUUUUGCACACCCGCCUCCUUGCGCUCCCGGGAAGGCAGCAGAGGCGAGGGGGGGAUAAGCUGAGGACAGAGAAGGAGGCGGCGGGAUGUCCACCUGCCUGUUGAGUUUGUUUUUGUGAACAGGGGAAGAAGAUUAUCGAGUUGGCUGGAAGAGUGGGAACUCCCACCAAUCCUGUGUGCAGAUAUAUGGACCCACGAGUAGUAAACUGUUAGGAAACUAUCAUCAGAGAAACAGCAGUUGUGAUAUAGUUAUUGUCAAGCCAAGGACCUGGGCCCCAGAUCAAGGGACAGCUUCUAUUUUAAAACAACUACAAGAAGAGGACAGCAUUAAAGCUGGUUCUGCUUGAGGUUGCUGCCCCACACUCCACAGUUGUCUAGUCUUAGUGGGUGAUGUCACAGCAUCUUUAACAUUCAGGCCCUAAUAAUCUACUUGUUAACAGGCAGGAACAUUUGAAAACAGUCAUGGAUGACUAUGAUAUCAGGUCUGCUGCCAGCAUUUUGGCAUCUGUUAAAGAGCAAGAGGCUCGUUUCGAGCGGCUCACCCGCGCACUUGAAGAAGAACGGCGCAAUGUCUCCUUGCAGCUUGAACGUGCUAAUCAGCCCUCAGACCGAAUGAGCAUGUGCAACAUUGGCAAUGGUCAGCCACUGGCAACUGCGUGGCAGCAACUUGUCCUGCAGGAGCAAAGCCCCAGCAACCAGACCUCAAUAGCAAUGAUGCAAGAGCCUCAAGAGAUGGUGGAGGAGACUGUAACGGUGGAGGAAGAUCCAGGCACUCCCACUUCCCAUGUGUCUAUUGUGACUUCUGAAGAUGGAACCACAAGGAGGACUGAGACCAAGGUCACAAAAAUGGUCAAGACUGUCACCACUAGAACAGUGCGCCAGGUUCCACUGGGGCCUGAUGGCCUGCCUACCAUGGAUGGCUCAUCUCCCAUGGGUAGCUACACAGAUUCAAUAGACAGGAGGUAUAUGAAGAAUGGGGAGCGGUACAUCACGCCCCAGGCUUCAUCCACGUUAACCAGAUCUUAUAAUAGCUACAAUGAUUCUUACCCUGAUGGCCAUGAUGGGCAAUACCGCCCUUAUGUUGGCCAUGAUGGUUAUGGAGAGCUGCCUGAUAAUUAUGGCAGUUUAUCCCGUGGUGUCAACUACCGUCCUCGCUAUGCCUACGUUCCAGGAAACAGUUACCGACCAGAGGAUGGGAGUUUCACUUUGCCAAGUAGGCGGGAUAACUACGGUCCCGUGGCCCAACCCCAAGUGCCAACAGGCAGCAAUGUUGACUUGAAUCGCUCUCAGCCAGAACGUUUCCAGCCAGAGCCUUAUGGACUGGAGGAUGAUAACCGCAGCCUCGGGGUUGAUGACGAAGGGUAUGAACUGGAUCCAGAUUAUUCCACAGUGAACAGAAGGACAGCUGCAGGGGUGCCUGAGAGAGGGAGGCCUCACAAAGGAAGGGGCUAUGAGGAUCCUAUUGAGACAGAGAUGGUUGACGAGAGAAUCCCCUACCUUCACGGUGGCUAUGCAGCACCAUUAGCACAGCCAGAGAGAGGGAGCAUGGCUAGCAUUGACCGCCUGGGCAAACGCUCCCCCUCCAUUGACAGCAUCCGCAAAGACCCCAGGUGGCGAGACCCUGACCUCCCUGAAGUGAUUGCAAUGCUCAGUCACCCCAUCGAUCCAGUCAAAUCCAAUGCAGCAGCGUACCUGCAGCACUUGUGCUAUGAGAAUGAUAAAAUCAAGAAGGAUGUGAGGCAUCUCAAAGGGAUCCCUAUUUUGGUGGGCCUGCUAGAUCACCCAAAGCCAGAAGUCCAUCGCAAAGCUUGUGGGGCACUGAGAAACAUCUCCUAUGGGAAGGAUAAUGAGAACAAGGUGGCUAUAAAGAACUGUGACGGGAUCCCGGCCUUGAUCAGAUUAUUGCGAAAAACAAAUGACAUGGAAGUCAGAGAGCUCAUUACAGGCACGCUGUGGAACUUGUCAUCCUAUGAGCCCCUAAAGAUGGUGAUCAUUAACCAUGGUCUUCAGACAUUGACAAACGAGGUGAUUAUCCCCCAUUCUGGAUGGGAGAGUGAGCCAAAUGAGGACUCCAAGCCUCGGGAUGCUGAGUGGACAACAGUCUUCAAGAACACAUCCGGCUGCUUACGGAAUGUAAGUUCAGAUGGAGCAGAAGCUCGCAGAAGACUGAGGGAAUGUGAUGGCUUGGUGGAUGCUCUCCUUCAUGCUCUACAGUCUGCAGUAGGCAAGAAGGAUACAGAUAACAAGUCUGUAGAGAACUGUGUGUGCAUCAUGAGGAACCUUUCAUAUCACGUCCACAAAGAGGUCCCAGGAGCUGACAAGUACCAAGAGCAAGAUGCAAAUCAGCCCAUGAGCACAGGAGGCUCUCAGAAGAAGAAGAAGGAUGACGCAGGCUGUUUUGGUGGGAAGAAAGCUAAAGAGGAGUGGUUCAAUCAAGGAAAGAAGAAUGGAGAUUUGGACAGAAACUUUGAUACACUUGAUUUGCCCAAACGGUCUGAAACGGCUAAAGGCUUUGAAUUGCUCUACCAGCCAGACGUGGUACGACUGUACCUCUCUAUCCUCACUGAAAGCCAGAAUUUCAACACUUUGGAAGCUGCAGCAGGGGCUUUGCAGAACCUCAGUGCUGGAAACUGGACAUGGUCUACAUACAUCCGUGCAACAGUACGAAAGGAGAGGGGCUUACCAGUCCUCGUGGAGCUUCUCCAGUCUGACUCGGACAAGGUUGUGAGGGCGGUGUCGAUUGCACUGAGGAAUCUCUCCAUGGACCGUCGCAACAAGGAUCUCAUAGGUAGUUAUGCCAUGGGUGAGCUGGUAAGAAAUUUGCCUAGUAGGCAGCAGAGAUCUGCUAAAAACCUGGAAGAGGAUACAGUGGUUGCAGUCUUGAAUACCAUCCAUGAAAUCAUUACUGACAGUUCAGAAAAUGCAAGGUCCCUGAUCCAGACCCAGGGCAUUCAGAAGCUAGUAACAAUCAGCAAAUCAAGCCAGUCCCCCCGGGAGACAAAGGCAGCAUCUCAUGUUCUUCAGAUGGUCUGGAGCUACAAAGAACUACGAAGCGUUCUUCAGAAAGAUGGGUGGAACAAAUCCCAUUUCCAGACUGUUUCUGCAACACCAAAGGGAUCCAAAGGUACUUCUGGCAAGUCUGGCUAUGAUGACAGCACUCUGCCAUUAGUGGAUAAAAGCCAAGAUAACGAGAAGGCUGGAAGUCGUGAUAUGAUACCUAUGGAUGAACUUGGUCCAGAUGGCUACUCUACCAUCGACCACCGGGACAAAGAGCGCAAGUACAAGACCAGUGAUAAUGUUGGGGACGCAUCAGAGAAAGAACCUUUAAAAAAUGACACAAAUAGGAAAAACAUUAACAGGAGUAACAGGGCUUCGGUGAAUCUGGUGGAUGCCCGUGACAUUAAACCCCAGCCUGUUGACUCCUGGGUCUAAUUUGCAUGCAUGGGCUAGAGUCCAACAACCUUUUUUUUUUAAUCGAGGGGAAAAAUAUUUGAACCAACACAGAGGAUCUCAUAUAUCACCACUGCCAUUCAGAUUCAGAGGGCGCUGCACCAUUGAACACUCUGCAGAUUCUAGGAGGGUGUGGGGAGAAAACGCAGCCGACUGCCAUCAGCCAACCCUGGAGCACCAUGCCUUACAGCAAGACAAUUUGCUCUUUUAAAACUCAGUUAUAUUCCCAUCAGACAUAGCCGCCCCCUGCCCCCACCUCCCGCCCCCUCGAAGACGACAGACAAAUAAUCCAAGCUUACGUCUAACUGGUUAGGUUCUCAGAUGACUCUUGAUGGUGGUGCUGAGCAUGAGAAGAGAAGGUCACGCGAUGGGGAAAAGGAUGACUUUGCAAGUGAAAGAGGAACUGCAGAAUAUCUGAAAUCUCUCUUAGGUGUAGCCGUGAAGACAAUAGCACUUUUCUUUUGGGGUUUUUUGUUUUUGAACUGUGAAUUUAAAUUUUUAAAAAUUUUAUUUAGGGGUUUUUGACUAAUAUUGAGGUCGUGUUCUGUUUUUUUGUUUUUUCCACAAGAAGUACAGGAAUGUGGAGUUGGGUUUGUUGGAUUUUAAUGAAAGAGAAAAAUAAAACAGAAACUAUUAAAUGCUGGUUGAAUGAACUGGAGAGAAAAUGAUGCAAGCUGUAUAAUCUGCUAUUAGACUAAGCGAUAUCACACUGUGCUAUAUUGUCAUUAUUAUCUGGUGUACAAUACUUCUGCCUUUUGAACUCUGCAAUGGCUCUGUUUUUACUUCCACAUAUGUAAACAGUUCAUUGAAGUUUUCACUGUCCCUAAUUCAGAAAACUAUGCUAAGAAAUGGAGCUGGCUGACUGUUUAUCUUUUCUGUUCCUGAUGUUCACAGUAAGGAGUUUUUAUUUUUAAGUGUAUCAAUGUUGGGUUAACGGUGAUUGAAUCCUUAAUAUCAUUUCUUUGCCAUAGCUGGAAACACUUGGGAGAGAAACGGAAGCUUGUUUCCUCAUUUAGGGAGGUGAAAUGGGAACACGCUGGAAGCUUUAGAUGGUUUCUUCCUUUAUAUUUUAAUAACAGACAUGAUUGCUAUGGGGUCCAUGUUUGGUUUUGGCUGUAGAUCUUGAAGAGUACUACAAAGGGAACUGUAUUUUUUCCCAGAAAAAAUCAUCACCAUCAUGGUUUUGUACUAUUUGUUUCAUUUUGAGGUUGUGCUCAUGUCGGUCAGGGUGACACUCAACUGGCUGCAGAGAGUCUGCUUCAAGGCAGCUAGUAGGCCGGUGGGCUGUCUGCAUUGGGGAGACUGUUCACCCGACAAGGACUCAUUUUGCAUGUUCGGUAUCUGGUGAUGCAGUGUGCUAAAUGCAAAUCUUUGGCCUCCUUGGGUUGCUGAUCCAGGGAGGGUGACAGAGGACAACGGGAAUCUACUCUCUCUUUCAAGUAGUGGUGGGCGCUUUCUGCUUCGUUUGUUGAGUUCCUGUUGUUGGUCGGUUGCUACGUUUACUCUGACAAGCUCCUAAAGCCAGUGUGACUGGAAAGCACAUUUUUGAAUCAAGCAAACUUAAUUUGGGGUUUUCAGUGCCUGCUGUUUCCUUUGUAAUUUAAAAAUGAAAAAAGAAUAAAAAAACAAAACAAACCAAAAAAAAAAAAAGAACAACCCCCCCCCAGACAUAAAACCCUAAAAAUAUUACUGUAAUAGUAAGCGUCUAAAUUUUUUGUAAAAAAAAAAAAAUUUAAAAAACGAAAAAAAAGCAAGCGUCAAGAGCUUUGUAUCUUCUUGAGUAUAAUAAAAUUUGACAUGAAUACAUAUAUAUAAAUAAAUAAAUAUAUAUAAAUAUAUAUAUAUUGUUGUGCAGAGGAUAGGUUGCCAAAACCAUGUAAAGUAGUUUGCAGGAGAAAGAAGCAUUUCUGUUGAUUCAGGGAAAGACCGAUGCCAGAAGCUGUCAGCAGUUAAAAUGACCCGUACGUGAAUUUUUCCCCCGACUCCCCAUCGUCAACCUACGUAUGGGAGGGUGACUCCUGGGUCCUGAGGGCAGCGAAGUUGCUGGGAGCAAAGUCAGAUUGCAGUGACUGGUUACUUUUACCUUCAUGAGAGUCAUGUUGGGCCAAAGAUGCUUAGCAGGUCUGGGGAAGCAAAGUGAGAGUCAUCUGUAACUCUUUGGAUUGGAACUGGGGACUCAUUUUUCCACACCGAGGCAUAAAGUGUGGCGAGUGAAACCAGAUACCUAGUUUUACUGUAUAUUCUAACAAUGGUGCUCUUUUCAUACUUGUCCUGCCGAUAAGCGGAGACUCUUUUAACACGGCUGUUAGGCAGAAGAGUUUUCUACACUUUUGUUUAUGUACUUGGUGUAUUGUUUUUGUAUAUCAAAGGAUUUUUUUAAACACUUUCUCCAGCAGUUAGCAACAGAACCUGCUUUGUAGCUUAUUAGCGCUGCGUAAGGGAGGGUCGACAGAGGGGCCCUGCGAUCUGCAAGUCCCAGGUUGCUUCUAUCACGGUAUUUACCAAAGGAGUCUGAGCAGGAGAUCAUUGAAAAGCAUAAGCUGACUCUUUUAAGCUUUUCUGAUAAGACUUUACAGCAUCUAAUCGUACCGUAAUCCAAGAGCCAGCAAGAGGGGAGCAGAGAAUAUGGCAUGAGAGCCACGGCUGCAGGGACUGGGCCAGGGGAGGGACCCAGAGGCCAUUAAACUCGCAUGAACUCCUACCCAGACCAAGUCCCAAAGUGAAACAGCCACACGCUACGGGGACAUUCAGCCUCGAGAUCAGAAGCCAAGUUGGGCAGCUGGCCUUUUCUCUCAAUGAUGGGCCAAAUGAAAACCACUGCGGGGCCUUUGAGAAGCAGAGUUAGCCCCCAAAAGGUCCUUUCUGUUGCCAUCAGACCCACCCCCGUAGAUGAGAAGAGAUGAGACCAGCUUCUGAGAACCAUUAGCACAGGUUGCUCUUUCCUUUUGUCUCCUGUUUGUUUCCAAAGUCACUGCCACGGCUGCCCAAAGGGGAAACGUCAGCUGGGAGUGGCAGGACUGCUCACGGGCGUCACGUGGCUUGUCCACGCUUGGCAUAGCAAAGCUUCACUCGGGACAUGCAGCAAUAACAAGAACUGACCGGUGUAAAUUGCAUUUUUGUCCCCAAGCCGUUCCUUAGACAACUGAGUGCGGAGGCAGGUCCUAGGGCUGAAUCGCAUGCACUCCCACCAGCCAGAGGCCGAGUCAGAGGGACUCUUGUUCUGCCCUGUCAUCACCUUGGACCAGGGCCGCACAGAACAGGCAAUGCCCAUUGCAGCGACUGGCUCACCAGGCCAGGUCGCAGGGACAUUUACUCACAGAAAUGUACUGGGGCAGGCUAGAUUUUUGGCAGCUGUGGCUGGCCAGUAAGUCCCUACAGUACUGGCCCUGUCAGAACGUGUGUCCUUAUGACUCUCGCUGUUCCCCGCCAAGUAUGGACGGGCCACACUUGAGAAGUGAUGGGAUGCGGAUGAAAACAGCAGUUGAUGUUUUAGUUGGGUUUGCAUGGAAAGGAGGGUAUGUGAUUACAUAGCAGCAUGUGCAAGAAACAGGCCUGACGUCAAGCAAAUCUAGUGUCCCCGGUGUAGGUAUUUGGUUCCUCCGGGGCUCGUGAUGGAGUGCGCAGCCUCUCGCUGCCUUCCCACCCAUUCCAGCCUCCGGCAGCGUGGCCCGUGGAGGGCAUCGGGCCAGAGAGAGGUGUGAGGGGUUGAAAAGGCACCACAGGUUACAGCGGGGAGUGUGUAUGGAGCAGCAAGCAGAAUACUGGAUGCAGGUUUCUUGCUGAGCAAAAGCAGGAGGGAGCCCUUCUGCCCAAGCAAAGGCUGUGAUAAUGUGGGGUAUGUCCUGAGUCUCCAAGGUGGGGAGGGGACAAGAGACCACAGAGUUGGUCACCGAGCACUGCUGGAGCUGCCAUGGCCUGGGGUUGUAGUUUUGCCCGCUGCAUGUUUGAGCAGUGGCUGUAGGGAGCCAAAAGGUUGCUGCACUCACAGGCUCCUGUCCCCGGGUCUGGCUGCCUGUGCUCAGUGCAGGAUCCAGGAGGGGUGGGCAAAGGCAAGGCUCUGAGCUGUUUUUCUGGUGUGCUGUUCCUGAAGCGGCUAGCCAUGUGUGAGUCCAGCCCUGGCUGCCAGGAUUUGGAUCAUUUCCAGGACUGCUGUUGCUGACACUGGCUGGAACAGUCCCUUGGGGCAACUUUUCCAGCUGUAGGUUCAUGGAGCACAUUGUGUUGCAGACACACCACUUGCUUGCCCCAGCUCUGCUUCGUCUACCCAGGGAUACUGCUUCCAGCAUGUGGCAUAGACCUAGCUGCGCUGUCUUUCGGCUACCCAUGGAUCCCCCCAAUGCUUCUCAAAGCAACUGUGUGUCUCCUUAGCGCUGUUGAAGCAACAUGAAAGGGCCUGGUUUGGCGCCAGGACAGGGAGACGCAUGAAAGCCGUGGUGUGCACGUUUGCUUCCACCAAUGUAGUCAGCUCCUGCCAGUGCUGAUGAGAAAGGUGAAGUGUGGCAUGCAAAGUACUUUUUCAUCCUGCUGCAACUCCUGGAGCUUUAGGACGAAGUUAGCCCCUUUCAUUAGUUACUUGCAGCUUAUUGUGUGGUUUUGGCUCAGCUACCAAUGAAAGAUGAGCGCAUUAUAAAACCCUAGAUAGAGUAGGCAAAGCUUCCAGGGCCAGUGGAUGUACUAAUGAGAGCUGGUUCUAAUACCUUCUGUCUGUAAAACUGCUCAUGUCCUCACUCUUUCUGUGAAAACCAUAACGUGCCAAUAUCUUGAGCCCAUACUUUUUUGUGCAUUGGGGGUUGGGUCUCUCUCACAUACUCCUGACGGUGUUUAUAUAUGUAUAGUUUCUGGCAAAGUCUCUUCACUUCGAUGCUCCUAAAAUCUGGUGUUUCCCUACCUUUCACAGAGGUUGUCUCUGAUUACCGGUACAGUAACUAAUCUAGUGUAUUUAAGGGAAGGUAUUAUGAACCUUUUUUUUUUCUAUCUUAAAUUUUCCAUUGGGGUAGGAUGUUCAGAAGUGCGAUCUCACGGUGAUGAGGAGGAAGGAGCAUCGACUGCAAAGCCUGCCAUCCUGGCAGAGGAUAUCAUCGUUAAAAACAACAACAAAACUAGACUAAGAAGCUUACUGGUAAUUAGUAGCUAAUGUGUUUGUAACUAUCAUGUGCCUUAAAAUUUUCAUGGUAGGAAAAUGAAAAAAAUAAUUAAAAAAAACCAACAAAAAACAAAUCACCAAUGUGUUUUCUGUAAUACUACUCAACAUUAUCUCUGUAGUUUAGACUGGUGGGUUUUUGCAUUGUAUUUACACUGUACUAUAAACUGAAACGUAGAAUGGUUUGAUUUUAAGAGUUAAGAAGGGAAAAAAAAGGUGGAUUAUGCUUUUCAUAGAACAAAAGUUACCAUGACAGAAUGUAUUAUUAUAGGAACUUUCUGUAACACAGACAAGUAGACUGCUUGUUAGCAACCAGGUGUGUAGGAUAACUAACAAUUUGGUGUGUUUUCAAUAAAUCAUGCCUGGAAAGAA